UCUAAUUACGUUAUGGCUAUGUCGCGUGCGCUAAACGGCAACACAUUGGCGCUUACCGGUCUGUUUGUGUGUAUUAUUUAAUUUCAGUUAUGGCUACGGAUUCUUGUGGAGGAGGACAAGUCUUUCGAAAGUUUACCCAGUUCAGCGGAAUAAUUCUGUAAAAUCACAUCUUGUGCCAUCGAUAAGUGUGGCUUAACUUGGGAAUCUUCAAAAGAUUAGCUACUGGACUGGGGAUGCAGCCAAAACUCGUCUCAGUUUUCCGUGUCUGCUCUGUCAGCUAGCUAGCUAACUAGCUAGCAAGGCUAUCCAUCCUAGCUAACUCUUUCCGACUCUGCUAACGUUUGCUUUUUUGAAGAGGGCCCAGCUUACUAGCUAGCGUUACUUGUCUUUAGUUGCUUGUCUCAAAUUUACUCUUUUGCCUGAAGUAGCGUUAUUCAAGCGUUCAAKAGUUGGUUGAGCACCAGUCGACCCGAAGAGGCCGCUCCGGCUAAAUUACAAGUUAUUAGCACGUUAGCUUAGUUAGCCAUAUAACGUUAGCUAGCUUUUUUUGUUGUUGAAUUUUUAUAGCUAUAUCUGGGUAGUUGCCAACAAACAGCAGGGUUUUUGUAUUGGGCAUAGCCAUCUCUACAUCCCGCUGCAAUACCCAUUUUAGAUGUAAGGGUGUCUUUGCAGCAGUUUGGAACAUUUGACUUCGAGAUUAGAAAGAUUUGUUGCUGUUCAGGGCCCUGAAACUCAAUAUUAGCUUGCUAGUCUGCCUGAGUUGGGAGUGGCUAGAGGUUUGCAUUAGCUGGUUAGCRAGCUAGCUAACAAACAAGGUCAGAUGUUCUUAUAUCGCACCCGUCUAUAGUGCGUAGGAUAAACAAAACGUAGUAACACAAACUCUAUAGAAAAACAAUGUAUUAAUGACCUGUUAAACCACGGUCAGAUUGACAGCGGGUGUGUUUCAAUAGCCGUAUCAUCAUCAGGCGCAGGGAUAGGAAACCCCGCACUGGUCAAAUAGUUUGUAUAAACUACCAAUCUGGAUUUAUCCGUUGCUGGGCUAAAGAUUGGGUGCCACACUAGCCUGUUCAAUAUAGCUUCUUUCCCUGUACAUUUGAUGGACGUGAUUAGAUAUUUUCUAGACGGCUACUGUUGCUAUCGUCAUGCGAUUCUGGCUAGUCAGAAUUCUGACCUGUACAUAGUCGUGUUGAAUAACAKUCAGUGGACGUAAUGUAGCUCUGUAGAAAGAUAGACCAAAAAUCUUUUUUUUUUUUUUUUACUUGUUAGAUUUACAAGAGUAUUGGUUACGUCAAAAAUGAAUAUAAUGUUUGAUAGCUAGUUAGUGCUUUAACUCAAAAUAGAAUAGCCAGCCAGCGGAAUAGCGAGGCUAAAUUGAAUUAACAGCCGAUGAUUGAAGACUGAGAACGUUGUCAUUCUGGAUCAAGAAACCUUGUCUUUAGUCUCUGGUUGGAGUAACACUCCCAAGCCAUCAUCAAUGCCUUCAGCGCUGGCCGUCUUCUCCUGCCGUCCGAAUUCACACCCUUUUCAGGAACGUCAUGUCUACCUGGACGAGCCAGUCAAGAUCGGGCGCUCUGUGGCACGAUGCCGACCCGCUCAGAACAAUGCUACGUUCGACUGCAAGGUUCUAUCAAGGAACCAUGCCCUUCUCUGGUUCGAUCACAAGACUGGCAAGUUCUACCUCCAGGACACUAAAAGCAGUAACGGGACGUUCAUCAACAGCCAGCGUCUGAGCCGGGGGUCCGAGGAAAGCCCCCCCUGCGAGGUCCUCUCUGGCGACACCAUCCAGUUUGGGGUUGACGUCACAGAGAACACGCGCAAAGUCACUCAUGGCUGCAUAGUGUCUACAAUCAAGCUGUUUCUACCUGACGGCAUGGAGGCUCGACGACGAUCAGAUGUCAUCCAAGCACCUUUACCACUUCCUGUUGAUAAGAGCUCCUCUCCUCCUGGCCUAAACACAGAGCUCCUCUCCUCCUGGCCUAAACACAGAGCUCCUCUCCUCCUGGCCUAAACACAGAGCGCCUCUCCUCCUGAUCUAAACACAGAGACCCUCUCUGCCUGACCAGAGCGACAGGUUUAUUUUAGGGCCCCGUGAAGGAGAGGGUUGCCCUGUAACCGUGUUAACCUAGCAUCAUGCAGCACAGCCCUAGCUGAUGGUCUGAGCCCAGGCGACGCUAUAUCUGACUACAGCAUCUGGACCUGUCAUAUUAACUGACUCUUUACUGAGACGCUGACUCAUGACUCACACUGACUCUUUACUGAGACGCUGACUCAUGACUCACUGACUCUUUACGAGACGCUGACUCAUGACUCACACUGACUCUUUACUGAGACGCUGACUCAUGACUCACACUGACUCUUUACUAGACGCUGACU